CACGCAUUAGUGGAGAGAGGGAACAACUCAAUGAGAUGAAGAUUAGUACUGACAUGGAAAGACGAAUGUUCGAGAAAGAAAAGGACAGAAUGGAAGGAGAAAGGUCUGAGGUGAAAAUGAGAGAAGAUCAACUCUUGAAUGAAUUGAAAUCCCUAGAAUAUCUGAGGGAAAAGCUGCAACAGCUUGAUGAAAGGAUGAGUGAAGACGUGAAAAACAAAAUCAUGAGACUGGAGCAAAACAAUGAAGACUUAUUAAAACUGUUGAGUGUUUUGGGGCAAAAGCAUGAGGCUCUGGAUAAACUGAAGGAAAAUAUGUCAUCUUACACUGAGAUAUUACAAAGAGAAAGAGAAGGUUUGAAGAGUACGAUGUCAGAAAUUGUCAUGCAGAGACAAGAAAUGGCCAAUCAACACAGACAAGAGGCUGAGUUGGAAAAGACACAUCUUAUAGAACUAAAGGCAGAGCAGAAGCAAGACAGAGAGGAUCUGGAUAGAAAGAGUGAAAUGAUGAACAAGGAGAAACUGGACUUGGAGCUGAUGAGGUCUGACAUUCUGAAACAAAGUGACAUAUUAGAACAAGUGAUACAAGAUAUAGAAGAGGGAAAAGACAAACUGGAAAUCACAAAGACUGAGCUACAAAAGCAGAAAGAACAUGCAGACAGUCAGUUUGAUAAGAUAAACCAAGAAAAACAACAAUUGUAUCAAAUAAAGACAACUACUGAAAGUGAGAGAGAAAGGUUUUUAAAUGAAAAUAAGAGGAUGGAAGGAGAACUGUCCGAGCUGAAAAUUACAAAGGUCCGGCUCACCAGGUUAAUGAACUUCAUGGUAAGUCUCAGCGCAAAACUCAAAGAGUUGAAUCAAAGGAGACAUGAGGACUUUAGAAAGAAUAUGGACAAAUUUGGACAGAAAUAUAAAGACAUGCUCCAAUCGAACUCAGUAUUGGAACAUAAGUGUGAUGAACUUGAUAAACAGAAAAAUAAGGUCACUGGUUAUUAUGACCUGAUGCAAAAAGAGAAGAAACAUAUGGUGACAAUAAUGCUUGACAAAGCGGUACAAAGUGAGGUUGUAAAGGAAUGGCUUCAGGAGCAAGAUGUUGAUGAACAGUAUUUUAAUAAACCUAAAGAGUUUGAAUGUGAGAAGGGUGUCUUCCAGUCAGAUGCCAUGAUCCAGACGGAAGAAUUUGAACAUCAGUGGAAGUUAGAGGGAGAUAUACAUGAUCUUGAAAGAAAACCUAAAUACUUGAAAACUAAGGGGGGAGGUCUGCUGCUGAUGGUGGCGGAAGAUGAAGGGAAAAAUAAACAGAAGAUGUUCAAGUUGGCUCCUGAGCCAGAUGAUUUUACAGACGAGAAAAUGUCAAGAAGAGAUUGUUUGCGAAAGAUCUGGAAGGAUACUAAAAUGGAGCGGAAGGAGAUCAAUCAGAUGAAGUGCAUGAGCCAUGAGAUGAAAAACAACAUAGAGAAAAGACUAAAGGUGAUCAAUCAGUUUGUUAAGAGAACAUGGUUACAGAAAGAAAAGGAACUACUGGAGAAUAAGCUGAAACAAGGACUAAGUAAGGACAUGACAUCCCAAAUUGACUGCGAGAGAGACAGCAUAACACUGGAUAAAAAAUACAGAGAGAUCCAACAACUUCAAGUUCAGAUGCUUAGUGAGAAAGAAAAACUGUGUACACUGACAAGUAUUGAUAAAGCUAAUCAAACAUUCAAGGUCGAUAUAACCACAAGGGAUGGAACAAUGCAUGUAAAACAACAGACUUCUGCUAAAAUGUAUCAAGAGAAGAUGAAGGUAGAAGAAACUGAUGCAGCUCCAGAGACAUCCAGCGGACUCCUUUGUCAACUCCGGCAUUUUUGCUAUCGAUGCUGCUGCCCUUGCUGUCCCUGCUGCAAGCAAGUCUGAAAGACAGAAAGUUGCAGAAAGAUUCUACAGGAACAAUUGUAAUGAGGGGCGUCUGCCCUAAGCAGCAGUGAGAUGAAUCCCCCCAUGGAGUCCAGACACUGGUGGAGGUUGUGGCUGAUGAUUCUGAUGAGGCUGAUUGGCUGAAGAGGCUGAUGAACCUGUUAAGACUGGCGAUGCCAACAACAGAGACAACAUAUUGAAAUAACUGAACAGCCGUGAACACAGCAUGCUCAUAACAGCAGCAUAAACGUACUAAAGGCAUGGAGAGAAUCAUAUUUAAACAGAUGCAGCAGCAGAAUGAUAGGCUAACAAUGUAGGUGUGUCGGUAAGUAAGCAUGCAUGGGAGGAGUGCAUGAGAGGAGUGAAUGACAGGAUGCACAAAAGAUAAAACCUUGCAACAGGAUAGUGUUCCUGACUGAAAUUAUGCUAUAGCUUCAAGCUUCAUUUAUUGGUUAACAAAAUAAGAUUUGAUAGUUUACUUAAAUAACUUUAAGAGUGAGUGCAUUAUUUGUAGUUUGCAUAUUGCAUUUUAUUUUACAAACAACUUACAAAAAAUACAUUUUACAGCAUGAACAUAUCCGCCCUUUUAUCAUUACCACCCACCCAAACAAAAAUCAAGAAAAGAUGACACAGUAACUACAAUAUGCAGACAAAAUAACAAAAAAAACAAUUAACUAUUAAGCAAAUAAACAUGUUUAAAUGAGCCAUUAAACAUGUCUCUCCCCAGUACAAAGCUUCUUAGGCGCCCUGCAGAAGGCUCAGGUACUUUCCCCAUUUUCUAGUGCAGACAUCCAACCUGGCAAACCAUUUGUAUGACAUUUUGUUAAACGCAGCCACCCUAGCUAUCUCACAAGCCCACUCUUGGAUUGACAGCUAUCAUUACUAGUUUGGACUCAGCUUCUUAUGUGCUUAUCCAUCCUGUUUAGGACUGACAAAUAAUCUUGGGCUGAAUGGAACCUGGGUCCCUGCAAUCCAACAUAGAUUAUGUAUCCCAGUCCAAAUUUCCUGGACCUUAUGACAGGAACAUAGGACAUGAAGUAAUUGGCCGUCCUUUGUCUUACAUUUCCAACUAUUUUGUGUGUCUUUCAUACCAAGUCUAAACAAUCUGGAAGGAGUCCAAUAGAAGCAAUGUAUAAUCUUGAAGUCACAUCGCGUGACGUAGUUUUAAAAUUCCUACUGUUUCUGUCCCACUCCUCAUCAUCCAGUGUAAUAUUCAGAUCCCUUUCCCAAGUCUUCUUGAGGGCUGACCAGGCUCCAUCCCCUAGGUUCUGCAUAAGCAUAGAAUAAUACCCAGAAGCCUCAUGACCUUUUCCAUAUUUCAACACCUUAUCUAAACAUUCUGGUGCCUUCGGGGCUGAAUAACUGGAUCCAAAAAUCCCCACCAACAGAUGGAGAAGUUGCAAAUAUC